AUGAACAGCGAGCCCAAGCCUGUCGUCACCGGCUACCCGGCGGCGGCGCAGCCGUCGUACUCCGGCACCGCCGCGGCAGGCCCCGCCUACGGAUCCUCGUACCCGUACCCCGCCACCGCGCCCGCCUAUUAUCCCCCGCCGCCGCCGCCGCCUCCUGGACCGUACCACGACCCGAAUGCGGUCUACGGCCACAGAAACAGCAGCUCCCUGUUCAUCCGCCGCUUGAUUAUCAUUUGCAUUUCUGUAUUCCUCAUCAUCGCCAUUGUCACCUUCAUCCUCUGGCUGGUGCUCCGCUUCCGUCUGCCAGAGGUCGCUGUCAGUGCGGCGUCAGUUUCCUCAUUCAAUGUCUCCAACUCCCAGCAGGUCACUGGGAAUUUCAACCUGACGUUCAUGGUGCGCAAUCGCAACCAGAAGAUGGGUAUCUUCUAUGACAGGGUCCAAGCCGCGGUCUUCUACGGAUCGGACUCGAUAUCAGAGACGUCGCUGCCGCCUUUCUACCAGGGAAAGGGGAACUCCACCGCUGUGCCGGCAAGGUUCGCAGCCGUCUCCGCGUACGUGGAUCCAGACGUUGCCAGCUCCAUCUUGAAGGAAAGAUCGAAUGGCGGAGUCGUCAAUUUCCACGUGAGGAUUAUGGCGUGGGUUAGGUUUAGGGCUGGCGCUUGGAGGACGAGGAGGCAUGUGAUGAGGGUCUACUGCGACAACGUGAGGAUCGGGUUCUCCAACUCGACCUCACUGAUCGGUUCGCUAGAAGGGGCGCCGAAAACGUGCCGCGUCGAUGUGUGA